UAGCUCGGGGCGCACGCGCACGCUGGAGCCUUCUUUGGGCGCCGGGUGUCGGCGACGCGCGCAACAAAUGGAGUGGGUGCUUGCGGAAGCGCUGCUCGCGCAGAGCCGGGACCCCCGGGUCCUGCUCGGGACUCUGUGCCGUGGGGAGGCGUCCGCAGAGCGCGUGGAAACGCUGCGCUUUCUUCUGCAGCGGCUCGAGGACGAGGGGGCGCGGGGCGGCGGGGACGCGCUCUCGGAGGCGGCGCGCGAGGUCGCCGCCGGGUACCUGGUGCCGCUGCUGCGUGGCCUACGCGUGCGCCCAGCAGGAGCCCCGGACACAUGCAGGGCACCCUCCUCAUUUGAGAAGACAGCAUUUGGUAAUAAUGGCAUAACUUUAGGAAGUACUUUUAUUAAGAAACGUAUGAAAUUUGCAAAAGGAGGAACUAAUUUUCUUUUUAAAAUCAUAACAGGCCCAAGUCUGUUUUGGUGGUCUGAGAAGAAAAAAGAUGAGCUUCUAAAAUUUUGGGAAAACUAUAUUUUAAUUAUGGAAACUUUAGAAGGAAAUCAGAUACAUGUUAUAAAGCCAGUUUUACCAAAGCUGAACAAUCUGUUUGAAUAUGCAGUGUCAGAGGAAAAUGAGUGUUGGCUCUUUCACCCAUCCUGGCAUAUAUGUAUUUAUAAACGAAUGUUUGAAAGUGAAAAUAAAAUCCUGACCAAAGAAGGUGUUAUCCAUUUUUUGGAGCUGUAUGAAACAAAGCUUCUUCCGUUUUCACCAGAAUUUUCUGAGUUUAUUAUUGGACCAUUAAUGGAUGCACUUUCAGAGAGCUCUCUAUAUAGCAGGUUUUUGGGUGGACGUAACUUUUCCACUCAUUCGAGUAACUAUCAAGGAACACAGUUGCUGGAUCGUAUGCUCUGUGAUUGGUUACGUCUUAAUGAAAGUUGUUUUGGGCGGUCCUCAACCUGUAGCGCCUUUGGACUUCACGAGACAUGCUCUUUAAAUGCUUAUGUAAAGAACCUAGUUCAAGAGUAUAUUAAGACACCUGCUUGGGAAACAGGAGAAAAGUGCAGUAUGCCUGAUUGGUUUGAAGCCAAGCUUGUUGCUCUGAUGGUCUUGCUGGCUGUAGACGUGGAAGGAAUGAAGGGUCAGUACAGUGAAAAGCGGAGGACACAGAAUGUAUUGAGGAUAUUCUUAGACCCCCUUCUGGAUGCCCUCAUGAAGUUGGGUACAAAUGCCUACAUGCCCUUGCUGAAAACUGACAGAUGCCUCCAGUUGCUGUUGAAGUUAUUGCACACUUGCUUGUUGAAAGGUUCCAGUCCCCAAGAUGAUGAGGUAUUUACUCUGCUUCAGAACUUUGUCAUGUCUACUACAGAGAGCAUCUCUGAAUUUAUCCUCAGAAGACUUACUAUGAAUGAACUAAGUAGUGUUGCAGACCUGGAUCGUUGCCAUUUAUACCUGAGCGUCUUAGCUGAGCUUACUCGUCUCCACCUGAAAGUGGGGUGGAAGAGUGGUAACCCCAUCUGGAGAGUUCUUUCUCCUUUGAAAAACACGUCCAUUCAGCAUCUUCAAGACGCGGAUGAUGGACAGGAGCCCACACUCGAGAAGCAGAUUCAGAGAGUGGUCAGUAUGGCUGCCUUGGCCACGGUGUGUGAGGCAACUGACCAGAAGCCAGAACUCCAGCUGGACUCUCUGGAUGCUGGUCCCAUGGAAAGGUUCCUCGCGUCCCUUCAGCUCAAUCAGACGCUGCUGAAGCCCCACCCAGAGGAGCAGAGUUUUUUAGAAGAAUCAUCAUCUUCCCAAGGAUGGGGGAAAAUAGUGGCACAGUACAUUCAUGACCAGUGGGUUUGCCUCUCUUUCCUGCUGAAAAAGUAUCAUGCCCUUAUCCCAGCCUCAGAGGGUGAGCUCUUGGAGCCCAUUCUACCUGCUGUUCAAAUGCCAGGAAGGACCUUGCAGUCUGCACUAGAUGCCCUCACGAUUCUUCCUUCCGAUCAAGUUUCACCUGUGUUCUGCUGCAUGAAAAUUUUAGUUCCCAAGCUUCUGGCCUCCUCUGAAUCACUCUGCAUAGAGGCUUUUGACAUGGCUUGGAAAAUUAUAUCUUCUUUGAGCAACACUCAGUUGAUAUUCUGGUCUAAUUUAAAAGCUUUUGUUCAAUUUGUUUUUGAUACCAAAGUUCUCACCAUUGCCGCAAAAAUCAAAGGCCAAGCAUAUUUCAAAAUAAAAGAGAUUAUGUACAAGAUGAUUGAAAUGUCUGCUAUAAAAACUGGCGUCUUCAAUAUGCUGAUUAGUUAUUGCUGCCAAUCUUGGAUGGUUCCUGCUUCAAGUGUGUCCCAAGCCUCUUUAUCAAGUGCUAACAAUUAUAGUGAACUUGUGCUUGAAGCUUGUACAUUUGGAACUGUGUUUAGACGUGAUCAAAGACUCAUUCAGGACGUACAGACCUUCAUAGAAAAUCUAGGACACGAUUGUGCGGCAAACGUUGUUAUUGAAAAUACUAAAAGAGAGGACCACUAUGUUAGAAUUUGUGCUGUCAAAUUCCUGUGUUUGUUAGAUGGCUCAAAUGUGUCUCAUAAGUUGUUUAUGGAAGAUCUUGCAAUCAAGCUAUUAGAUAAAGAUGAAGUGGUGUCCAAGUCUAGAACUCGAUACUAUGUGAAUUCUCAGCAACACAGAGUGAAAAACCGCAUAUGGCAGAUUCUGCUCGUACUUUUCCCCAGUUUUGAUCAGAAUUUCUUGAAUAGAAUUAUUGACAAGAUUUUCCAGGCUGGUUUCAUCAAUAAUCAAGCAUCCAUAAAAUAUUAUAUAGAAUGGAUUAUUAUAUUGAUUCUUCAUAAAUUCCCUCAAUUUCUUCCGAAGUUCUGGGAUUGUUUUUCUUAUGUAAGAACCAUGCUGAUCAUUUCUUUACUACCUUGUUCUUGGGUCGUACCAUCAGGGGUAGAUGGUCCACGUUUACAUCGGAAGAAUUCUUCUCCUUUUUUGCAGAAACUAACUCUGAAGCAAGCCUUUGCUGCUGUGCUGCAGUGGUGUUUCCAUCCCAAUUUCAGUGUUCGACUGUAUGCGCUCGUAGCGCUCAAGAAAAUCUGGAGCGUGUGUAAAACGGGGCAUAUUGAAGAAUUUGGUGCUUUGACUUCUGUUGUUGAAUCCAGUCUUAAUCAAGUGGAAAACAUGUAUGUAAUGGGGAAUGCCAAGAAGAAUUGGCAACGUAUCCAAGACCAUUUCUUUUUUGCAACAUUUCAUCCACUUAAGGAUUAUUGUCUGGAGACCAUAUUUUACAUCCUGCCACGCCUCUCAGGCCUUGUUGAAGACGAGUGGAUUGCCAUUAGUAAAUUCACCAGGUUCACUGACAUCGCUUUAGACGCAGGAUUUCAGUGGUACCUCUCUCCAACGCAGCUUCGUGAACUGACGCCCGGUGACUGGGCUCAGCAGGACAUAGGUUCUAACUCAGGCGAAGUGGAUAACCAACCCGAGUGGACUGAUGUUCAGAAGAAGAUCACCCCAUGGAAAAGCAGUGUUCCUGAUUUAGACCUGGAGCUAGUGUUUCCAGAUCGUGCUGCCAAGCUUGGGAAGUCCAUGAGCAGACUGAUUGUGGUGGCCUCCCUCAUUGAUAAACCAACCAAUUUAGGAGGACUGUGCCGCACCUGUGAGGUGUUCGGGGCCUCGGCCCUCGUGGUCGCCAGUCUCCAGUACGUCAACGACAGGCAGUUCCAGCACCUCAGUGUCUCGGCUGAACAGUGGCUUCCUUUAGUGGAGGUAAAACCACCUCAGCUGACUGAUUAUCUGCAGCAGAAAAAAUCAGAAGGCUACACCAUCAUUGGUGUGGAACAAACUGCCAAAAGUGUAGACCUCACCCAGUACUGCUUUCCUGAGAAAUCUCUCCUCUUGUUGGGAAAUGAACGUGAAGGAAUUCCAGCAAAUCUGAUCCAGCAGCUGGAUGUUUGUGUGGAAAUCCCUCAGCAGGGCAUCAUCCGCUCGCUUAACGUCCACGUGAGUGGAGCCCUGCUGAUCUGGGAAUACACCAGACAGCAGCUGCUGUGCCAUGGGGACCCGUCACCAAGUCCGUGCCUUUUCUGAGACAAGUUACUAGUUUGGACAAAUGAAACAGAUUCUGAACUUACUGUAAUAAUUUGUAAUUUUUUCUUGCAGUUUAAUGCCAAAACUUUUUCAUGUGCCUUAAAUAUACUAUAUUUUUGUCCCCUUUAAUAAACAUUUUUAGCUAAAUUGUA